AUGGCCGACCUUGAUGAAGUUGGUCGAAAAAGACAAGAAAGACACAAUCUGCUGAUAGCACUUAAGGAAACUGUGGAAGGUAUCUUGGCCAUUGGGAGUACAAAUGUAUGGAGUACGUAUGGAGGUUUAUCCCGGCUGUGUCGGGGUGUAGAGAAUAUACUCAUUCACAGACUUCGAAAGAUCAAGGGUUCUGAUGCUGUAUGCCUCGACUAUUGGAGUUAUGUCAGAGGUCUCCGUUGGUUGAACCCGGUCCUUGCCCCGACGAUAGAACGGAUAAGCCGCAUGGCCAAAAAUGAUCCGGAUGACUUGACUUGUGGGCAGCUGUGGAUUAGGCAGUGUUUGCUGGAUCAUAGUUUGUCAAUUCAACUCACGAUUCUUGUGGAAAAUACGCAGCACUUGGAGGAACAUUACACGCAUGAUGCCUUCCUCUGCAGUAAGGAGUAUUAUGGAGCCAUGUUGAUCUGCCUGCAAGCAGUUGAACAAAACAAAGCAGCACUUUUGGCAGAAAUCAACCCAAGCCUGUUAAAACUCAAACAGAAGAAGAUCUCACACGUGCGAAGUGCCUCCCUUCCCGUGAACAAACCGUCAACGCCCGCCAUUAUGAUUCGACGGAAGAGCUCCCUCGACCCUCUGGCGCCAUCUUUUACAUCACCGAAGAGAGAUGAGAACUUUCUGUCGACAUCGGAUGAACAUGCAAGGCCGACGAGUAGAGGUUCGAGUCCUGAGGAUGGGAAAAUAACAGCCAAGUCGCAACUUCUCUCCGUCCUUGAAAAAUCAGGUGAUAUUGCUGAAAUAGAGACAACCAACGACGAGCUAAACUGGAAUGUAGAUCGGGGUCAGGACCCGCUGCUCAACAUUGAAGUGUCAAAGACAAAAAAAUUGGUGCCAGAACGUAGAAAAUUAUCCAUCGACGAGUCACGGGAGUUUGGGUAUGAAAAACGUUACAGACGGUCAUCAUCUGUUCGGUCGGACGGAAAAAAUUCAGAGUUACUCGAUAAAAUUUUGAACAAUGAUAGUGAUAUUACAGAAGAGAGUGACAGUAGUGAUGAUGUCACUAAACAAAAUGGCCGCCUAUCUGUGUCAACAAGUCGGACAAACCUCCUAAGGUGUAAUUAUUCUUCAAGUUCGUUGAUUAAUUCAGAACGUGGCAGAGGAAGUCAGGAUUCGUUAGAUGUAGAUUUGGAGGAUAUAGGAAAUCAAAAAGGAAACGACUCAGAUAUUACGAAAUCGCAUCGACAUAAAAUGGAAUCGGCAAUUGCGAAAAAGAAAUCGAAAAAGACCCAUAAACGUUCCAAAUCAGAUCACUUGCUAGGGCAGGCUAUUGGGUCCCCCCCGCACUCACAAGAGGCGGUCGAUAUUGAUGGUACGCACGGGUUGUCGAGUUCGCUACCACUUAAAAUCGUCGGCGAUGACGACACGUAUUUCCCGCGGCCACGGCAAGGACAAUCGCUGCGAAGUUUUCUGGCUUCUCAGGACUUUCACACUUGUGCUGAGCUUGAUAAGGAAAAUGCCCAUUUCAGUAUAUCAGAAGCUCUGAUAGCAGCCAUUGAACAGAUGAAAUGGAAUCAUGUGAUCAAACCCCAUGUCGUAUCAGAUAUUGACGAGGGCGACUCGGACGAUGAUGAGAUUCGAGAGCUGCAACAACGAAUACGAAUUCGCCGACGGGAGAAAUUGAGAGAGAAAGCAAGGGUGCUACCAUCAAGUGAUGGAAGAACUGACACCACGACCAGCACUUCCCCGAGUGUGAACCAAGACGCCAUGGCCUGGACAGAUUCUAUGGACUCCAGCGAGCUUGAAGAGCAAGAUAUUGACAUCCACGUCGAUGACCGGGCCAGCCCCACCACGAACCUGACUGCUCUCAAGGACACAGGGUUAUCUCUGUCGCUCGGGUCGCUCUACUCGGAGGCUGAACUACAGAAAACUGCUGCAAAUAAACCUGUUUAUGUGGAGAAUAAACCUUUAGGCUCAAGUUUCGAGUCUUCCUGCGUGUCUGCUGCAGAACUUGUUGCCAUAAACUUGCUGAAGAAGUUUAGCGAUAACCAACUUCCAAAAGCGUCCGACUUGGAGUGGUUAGUGUCCGAGACCGACGUACCUCAGGCAUUGUUGCCCCUCCCAGACUCUUUUCCGAUCUCGCCUGAUGAUGGUGAACGCGAGCUCACCACAAAGACGAGAAUCCGAGGUAACCUGGAGUGGGCCCCACCGCGAGCACAGAUAAUCUUCAACAUACAUCCACCUCCAAAACGAAAGGUGUUAUUGGCUAAACAGAACUAUAGGUGUACAGGGUGUGGCACAAAAGUUGAUCAAGGUUACACGAAAAGACUCCGCUACUGUGAAUACCUCGGGAAAUUCUUCUGUCAAUGUUGCCAUUCGAACACAAUAUUCUUCAUCCCUGGGAGAAUACUUCGGAAAUGGGACUUUUCAAAAUACACCGUGUCGAACUUUUCACAUGACCUCCUGACAAAAAUGUACGCUGAUCCGUUAUUCAAUAUAUCGGACAUUAAUUCGGCCCUAUACCGGAAAGUGCGUGCUUUGGAGAUGAUUCGGGAAUGCCGUGUUCAACUUUAUCACAUAUAUUUGUUUAUAAAGACUUGUCGAUUAGCUUCAGGUAUUCUGAAUGAUCUCCAUCGCCUGCCCUCCCAUUGGAUCUCCGAACCUGAGCUCUACUCCCUCUCGGACCUCGUCAAAGUCAAGAACUCUGAGAUUCUACCCCACCUCAGGAACCUUGUGACCGAUUCCGUCUGCCAUAUAAGUGGAUGUCAACUGUGCCAAGCGAAAGGUUUCAUCUGCGAGUUAUGCAACAAUGAAACUGAUGUGAUAUUUCCCUUUGAACUCAACCGAGUUGCCCAGUGCCGAGUUUGUGGUGCUUGUUACCAUGGUAGCUGUUUCGUACCGGAGAAUUGUCCAAAAUGUGCAAGAAUCCAACUCCGUCGGAAGCGAUUGUCUGUUGUUGCUCUGUCUUCACCCGAAGAGAGCGAACCAGACUCCCCACAACAUGCUGUUGUUGAACCGAAGAAAAGCUGAGAAAACUUCUGACUUUAAAGGGACACUAUAGGCAGCAGCUAGGCAGGCAAGAUAAAGUAACACAAAGUCGCCAACUGUGUGAUAGGAGAGACCCCUAUUGGCGACUUUGUUUAACUUAUCUGGCCUACCUGGCCCUGCAUAUGAGAUCCAUGAAAAUAAAAAUGCCUGCUUUUGGUGGCUUUUGAUAUCGUAACACCACAAUAGGUGUCCGUGCUUGUGCUUUGAAAAUGUGAACAACUGCUGUAGUGCCAAACUGCUCUGUGGGCAAUGGGUGAUAUGAAUAAAGACUAGUAAAUGAUUUUACUUCAGUUUUGUACAGAAAGGCCUAGUGUAAAUGUACAUGGGGUUUUCAGUAAAAGCAAUUGCUAGUCUUUAUUCAUAUCACACAUUGUCUAACAUAAUGUGAUGUGCAACAAUUAUGAUGCUUCUUUUGUUCGUUUAGAAAUUAUUUGUGUUCAGUUUGUAAGACAUUUCAUGAUUUACAGGACUUGUAAUUAGUGUAAAAUUAAAACCAAUCAAACAAUGUGCUCGCAAUUCGCUGGAAUCAUGAAUUGUUUUUGAUGCUCCGGCAUAAAAGAUUAUGUUAUUUAGGAUUUAUAUGCACAUAACAGUUAGGGACCAGGAUGGUGUUGAUAAUGUUGCCCGUACUAGCAAAAAUGGCUCUGUAUGCUGUGAAAUACGAGAGACCCCUAUUGGUGACUCUGUGUAACAUUAUCUGACCUACCAGCUCCAACACAUCUCCCUGGUAUAUUUCUUUGCCUUUUAACUGGUGUAUUCAUUACCAUCAGUUGUUAUUGGCAUUGCAUCAAUGCCCUGUCCCGAUAAACAUCGGAUUCGGAGAAAUGGACAACCCAGAGUCUAAUUCAUUUCAUUCAGAGAGUGCACUGCAUUAUAAUGCACUUAUUGUUCAAAAUGAUUUAUAUGAUUGUGAAAUUAUUAUAUUUAUCAAUAAAUAGCUCUGUGAUAUUACGAA